CCAAGUGAAGACGAGGAUUUUUGUACGACUGAUGCUCAAUCUUUAUGUCAGUCAGAGCAUCGACAUUCAUCGAAUCACUUGCUCUAGAAUUAAUUACUCAUUUCCUCGCUAAUUCAAACGUGACAUUGAAUGAGUGAAUCAAUAAAAUCCUCCGAUUAUCCCAGUGAAUGAAUUACCUCAACGAUGAACGAUCCAAAAAUCUCCGGUAAUUCUCUCUAACAACGUCUGUUCCCUAAAAUCGAUCUUCAACCUGACUUGAAUUAUUAAAAAAAGAAAAGAGAUUUUCAAAUCAAUUUGUGUGAUCAAUCGUGAAUUAAGUGCAUAAAAAUGACGCAAAUCUGCAGAGAUUCGGACAGAUGCUCAUCAUAUCGCAGUCAAAAGUGUCUAACGGCUUCAUUGAUGACCAUGACGAUCUCCAGCAUCAUCGUCUUCGUCAUCUUCUGGUGCACCGAUUUUUUCUCCAACUUGAUAAUAUCGAACCUAGUGGUAACGCGAAAUUCCCCGAUGCUGGACUGGUGGGUUCGCCCUCCAAUUCGCGCAGCCUACAAGAUCCGAAUCUUCAAUUACACGAAUAUUGAGGACUUCACGAAGGGAAGGAGUGCGAAAUUGAGGGUCCAGGAAGUUGGUCCGUACAUCUACAGGGAGACCCUCACGAGGGUCAAUACAAUUUUUUAUCCGAAUGGGACACUGUCCUUCCAGGAGAAACGUUCGUUCCAGUGGGAAGGGGGCAGUCCUGAUGAUGAUGUCGUUGUUGUACCCAAUAUUCCUCUGCUGACGACAAUGGCUUUUGCCAGGGACAUGAACAUGUUCACACAGUUGGGGCUGACUUUUGCCAUCAGUACCUUCGUACCUCAGACCUUCGUGUCACUUCCUGUUGGAGGAUUUCUAUGGGGAUAUGAUGAUAAAAUUUUUGAUGCUGCUCAGCCUCUGCUCAGUCUUCUCGGGGACAUACCCAUGGAUAAAUUUGGAGUGCUUGCUAUGAAAAAGGGAGUCUCGAAAGACGUAAUCACGAUGCACACGGGGGAGGGCGAUCUCUCGAAAAUGGGAAUGGUCGAACGUGUCAAUGGUAGAGAGUAUCGAAAUACCUGGGGGGAUGACAGCUGUGAUAAAAUUUAUGGAUCUGCUGGUUUUCUCUAUCCACCGGAGAUGUACAGAGAUCCUAAAAAAUCAUUGGAUAUUUAUGCUGUUGACAUGUGUCGUGGGUUCAAGCUUGAAAGAGCGGGGGAAGGCUCUUCAUAUGGAAUUCCCACGAUGAGUUUCAAACCACCAGCCGACGAUUUCAAUUUCUCUCCCGAGAAAGAUCACUGCUACUGCCCGAGAAAAUCAAAAUUCAAUCAUAAUCCGUGGGACCGUACGUGUCCUCCGAAGGGAAUCUUUAAUGUUUCUGCAUGUGCUUUUGACACUCCGAUGCUGGCAUCAUUCCCUCAUUUUUUCGGAGGAGAGGAGAGUCUGUUUUCCAAUAUCGAAGGCUUGAAUCCAAAAGCUGAACUCCAUCAGUCCCACCUGGAGGUGCAUCCGAGACUGGGAUUAUUGAUUGGUGGACAUUCGAGAAUUCAAAUCAAUGUGGAAGCCAGGAAAGCAACGGGUGUUCCAUUUCUGGAGAACGUGAAAGACGGUCAGAUCCUCCCGAUCGUGUGGAUCGAAAUGGGAAUCGAUUCGAUGCCAGAGAACAUCCUGAAUCUUCUGAAUCACGCGUACUUCUCAGUGGCCAUUGCCGAGGCUUUUUUCCAAUGGGGCAGUAUUGUCGGGAUGAUAUUCUCCACGUCAGCUUUACUCUUCCUCCUUCGAAGAAACCGGAAACAGCAUGCCGUCCUCAAGAGGAACACGUCGGGUCAGGAUAAACUGCUUCAAGAAAGCGGUUGAAAAAGAAAAAAAAUUCAAUAGAUCAAUUGUCAGAACAAUUUUCUCACUUCAGAUUUGAGAAAUUUGCAGAUGGAAUACCCGAGGAAAAUGGAAAUAUUUCCUAUUUGUUACCGUUUAAUUCCCAUGCGCCUGCGUGAGGGACUUGUCAUAAGACUGUUACAUUAAGAAUAUUGUUAAUAAUAAUCCCUCAACGGUUUAAUUUAUACAAGGAAAAUGCUGUUUUCAAUAGUGAAGCGGUACUGAAAUAAUUCGACAGGAGAUCCACUAAUUCUCUCAAUUUUUAAUAAUAAAAUUAAUAGAACUCUUUUAAUAAAAAAAAGAUGAAUUUAUUAAUAUUAAAGACUUUUUUUUUAAUUGAGAGAAUUUUACAUGAGAUCAAUUAGAUUUUCUGAUUUGAAGUGAAAUGAAAAAU